GAGUGGUACACUGCCUGGCACACAUGGGCUCUAAUGAAUUUCGAAGCCGUGACACAUUACGAGUCCAGUAAUUUCAAAGCGGGCAUCCCAGAUAUGGACUACAUCGAUACGGAUGAAGCAAGCAUGGAGGAGGACGGGUCUAACGACGACCUGCUCUCACAACAGAGUGUCAGUGAAAGUACAACCGAAGGCAGCGAGAGCGAUGCCUAUCGCACCCACUCCACCUCCAGCGACUAUGGCGCAGGCGACAGUCCACGCCUGAACGCUACACACACAC